AUGGCCACCUCGGCGGAUCGAACGUACGAGCAGCAGAACGACUCGGCUCUCGACGCCCUCUACUCCAAAGUCUCCUCGCUCCGGUCGGUCACGGUCGACAUCCACAACGACUCGGAGAGCCAGCGCGCGGGGCUCCUCUCACAGACCUCGGAUCAAUUUGAUCAGUUCGGGAGUCAACUUCAACGAACAUCGAAUCACUUUUCGAGGACCAUUGUCAACGGCGCGAGGCAGCAUCGAUUGACGCUGUAUAUCGUGGGUGGAUUUGUAGGACUUUGGCUGCUUUACAAGCUGUUCCUUUGA